AUGCUACGCAAUCUGCUAUUUGGUACACGGUUCAGCAGGCCGCUGGCUACGGCUGCAUCGUCAACACGAACAUCCGUGUUACGCAAUGGGCUAACAGUGGCGACAGAGCACAUUCCCAAUACUUCGAGCGCGACGGUGGGCAUCUUCGUGGACGCAGGCUCGAGAGCAGAGAAUACGCGAAACAACGGGACUGCGCACUUCCUCGAGCAUCUCGCAUUUAAGGGCACCAAGAACAGGACGCAGGUGGGCAUCGAGUUGGAGAUUGAGAACAUUGGGUCGCAUCUCAACGCAUACACGUCGCGCGAGAAUACGGUUUAUUACGCCAAAACGCUGACGCAGAACAUUCCAAACGCUGUGGACGUGCUCAGCGACAUCUUGACGCGGUCCGUGCUGGACGCGCGGGCGAUCGAGCGGGAGCGCGACGUGAUCAUCCGGGAGAGCGAGGAGGUCGACAAAAUGUACGACGAAGUGGUUUUUGACCACCUGCAUGCCAUCACUUACAAGGAUCAGCCUCUGGGCCGCACAAUCCUGGGCCCUAUUGAAAACAUCAAAACGAUCCAGCGUCGUGACCUCCAGGACUACAUCUCCAAGAACUACAAAGGUGACCGCAUGGUCCUGGCCGGCGCAGGCGCUGUCGACCACGAAAAACUGGUCGAGUACGCCGACAAGUACUUCGGCCACAUCCCAAAGUCCGAGUCGCCUGUUCCUUUGGGCUCUCCAAGAGGUCCGCUGCCCGUCUUUUAUGGCAACGAAAUGAAUAUCCAAGAGGACACUUUGCCCACUACCCACAUUGCUCUGGCUGUUGAGGGUGUUUCGUGGUCUGCUCCAGACUACUUUACUGCUUUGGCCACUCAGGCAAUCGUGGGCAACUGGGACAGAGCGUUGGGCACUGGCACAAACUCGCCCUCACCGUUGGCCGUCAGCGCUUCCAAUAACGGCACCCUGGCGAAUUCUUACAUGUCGUUCUCCACUUCGUAUGCUGACUCGGGCCUGUGGGGCAUGUACAUUGUCAUCGAUUCAAAGGAGCACAACGCAAAGCUUAUCAUCGAUGAGGUUCUAAAAGACUGGCAGAGAAUCAAGUCCGGCAACAUUAGCGACGAAGAAGUCAUGCGUGCGAAGUCGCAGCUAAAAGCCUCCCUUCUAUUGUCAUUAGAUGGCUCAACAGCUAUUGUCGAGGACAUAGGUCGCCAGAUAGUGACCACUGGAAAGCGCCUCUCCCCCGAGGAGGUCUUCGAGCAGGUAGAUCGCAUUACAAAAGAUGAUAUCAUUACCUGGGCCAAUUACCGUCUUAAGGACAAGCCUGUUUCAAUUGUUGCGUUGGGCAACACUAAAACAGUCCCCGCUUUGAAAGAAAUUGAGCAAGGCCUAAACGCCUAG